AUGUCUGUCGGUGUGCCACCGUGCCCCUUCCCUGUCGCGGUCAGCGAGAUGGAGCAGCCCGCCAUGCACAGACCGAUGCUCACGCACCUGGCCCAGCAGCAGGUCGAGAGGACGCGGUGCUACUGGGCCAUCUGCCGGUGCAGUCAUGAUCCAGAGCCCGCGUUCUCCUUCGUAUACGUCGAUCCGCGAGCCCACAGAAAGGUUGGUUCGGCCUUGUACGGUGCACCCAUGCUGCAGUUCGUGCACCCCGACGAACAGCCGCGCGUCAUGGACCAUAUGCGCACGAUCAUGCAGGACUCGACGCUCUUUGGUCGCGUGAUCCAGUGCAGGUAUGCUACGCUUACGUCGAUGCCCGCCUACCUUCAUGGUGUGCAUGUGCCGGACUAUGACACCGUCGACGUGAUCGUAUCGCGACUCCAUGAGCAGCUCGUUGUGUGUUUCUUCCACGCCACGGAGGACGCGUCCCAUGCCUGUGGACUGGCGCCCGGCAGCUUUGAAGCCUUGGAGUGUGAGCGACUGUGGCAAAGCUUGUGGGCCUCAUGCCCACCGCCCUGGGGCCCCGCAACUCAUGUGUUCCAGAUCUUGUCGUCAGACGAGCCGCGCUCCCUGCUGAUGAGCUGGCCACCGCCCCACACGUACUAUGCGCGUGAUUUUGUGCAGCUCGUCAAGGAUGCGGCCUUGCCCGAGCAUGCUACCUGUAUGCAUCGGCUGCGUGCAUCGCAUAGGCUGACUUCGAAGCAAGCUACGUUCUCGGUCACGAGUGUGCUGGUGCCGUGUGCGUCCAUCGUGCUGGCAUGCUUCCAGAUUGCCCAGCAGCAGGCAUCGCCGCACGCCGCAGCGUCGUCGCCUUGGUCUGACUUGGAAGCAAGUAGGCAGGUUGAUGUGUCUGUUAGCAAGUGCACGAGCUGCGGCAGGACAGACAGCCCGGAAUGGCGCCGUGGACCAUCAGGACUCAAGACGCUGUGUAAUGCAUGUGGGCUCCGAUACGCUCGCUCGCUGGCGAGUCGACAGCGCCGACAUGAGCACGGCUCGAUCACUCCAUCAGACCUGCAGCAUGUGCCCCCCAGUCGCGGCGCAGGCGGCGGCAGUGUGCCGGGCAUGCACCGCCGCAGCCGACCGCGAUCGCCGUUCGAACCUGCGCAAGACGACGCGGCUCGGCUCUGGCCACCACCGUCGACGCCAUCUGCUGAAGAGACCCACAUCCCAAGCGCCUGA